UAUGGAGAAAUAUUCUCCCUUUACGUUUUUGGAAAAAUAAUAACUAUAGUUGGCAAAGAAACAAGUCUUGAAGUUUUUAGCAAUCAUCAAAAUUUCAAUUUCUUAAAAGCUGUCUUCGAUACACUCCCACUUGGUUUAUUGCUAGGACGUCCACAUUCUUUCUUUGAUAAAAUUGCAAAGGUCGUUCGUGAUGAAUUGUCUAAUGAUCUGGGUCAAUACACAAGAAGAAUUCAAGUUGCAUUAAAUAAAUCAAUAAACAAAUUUAUUGGUGAAUGCAAAGGUAAGCAAUUGCUUAUGCAAAUAGUGGCAAUACCCAUGGCCAGUAUUAUUGUUGGUGAAGAUUUAGCAAAUGAUGAAGAACUCAUCAAUUCAUUCGCUAAUUUAACAAGGGACAUUAUCCCAGCACUUUCAUUACCACCAUUCUUAAAUUUUAUUCAUCCUUCCCUUCAUACAAAUUUUUUUGUGCAAGCAAUUACUGAUAGAAUCAUACAAGUUAUCAAACAAUGUGAGCAUAAAAAAAGAGAUUUUGGUAGUACUUGUGAACCUCCGGCAAAUAUUUUGCAAUUGUUUAUUAACUUGUCAGAAAAAGAUGGAAUAGUUGAUGUAGAAGAAGUAACUGAUUAUAUUAUUGAUAUUAUAUUUGCCGCUAUACACACAACUUCGCAAGCUAUUUCAAAUGUUCUUUACGAAUAUGGCGCCCGUCACGAAUAUUGGAAGGAAUUACUUGAGGAAAAUAAUAGAAUAUCACAUGAAGUUAAAGAUGAAUAUUUGUCUAUUCAGGAAGUUAACAAAAUGGUUAGGUUAGAUAGCUUUAUAAGGGAGACUUUGAGAUUUUGGCAACCAAUUGUUGGAUUAGAACAUAAAACUCUUAAUGACUUUUACACUUUUUCAAAUGGCAGAAAUGUUUAUAUGUACACUGCAGAGAUUCACGACACUGAUCCAAAUACAAAUACAUUUGAUGGUUUUCAAUACGUUGAAAAAAAUUUUCGAGCUACAAAGACAGGAAGAGAAUAUAUCCUAUUUGGUCUAGGAAGGCAUGCAUGUCCUGGCAGAUUCUUUGCAGUGCAUACUAUCAAAAUUGCAUUGUACUUAUUAAUUAGAAAAUAUAAGAUUGUGACCGAAAGUAAAAAUGUUGUUAGACCUGUUUUUGCAGGUUCUUUUAUUCUUCCAAAUAGUGAAGGAUUAAUUUUUGAAAAUCUAUAA